AUGGCAUUAGAAUUAGAGUGGUACGAUUUGGUGUGUUUUGGCAUUGUUGGCGUGACCUUCCUAGGUACCUUAUGGGUGCUUUGGAUGCACGAAGAGGCCUCCAAAAGCGAAUUGGGGUCACUGGAUGAGACCCUUCUGGUGGGUGGACAAGACAAUGGAAUUGUGAUGAGUGUGGUUCAGAGAGGAAGGGUGAUAGGUUGGUUGAGCAGCACCCAGUUGUGGAGCAGUUGUUGGCCAGGAAUGCACCCUUUAUGGCUCUUGUUGUCGCGUUUUCUUUCCUUUGUCACCCUGGCCGUGUUGCUACCCUUGGAUGUUCGUGAAUACGAUUUCAGCAUCUUUAUUUACUAUACAGAGUACGUUGUUUUCUUUCCUUUCUAA